CUCUAUAAGCUAAACACUUGCUUCAUCAAGAUCUAAGCCUGUAUUUUCUCUUUGAAAAUCAAGAAACCCUAGCAAGAAAACCCUAGAAGUUUUAGAUGGGAAGAGGAAAGAUUGUUAUUAGAAAGAUCGAGGACACAACUAGUAGGCAAGUGACAUUUUCCAAGAGAAGGAAUGGGUUUUUGAAGAAAGCAAAAGAGAUCGCCAUUUUAUGUGAUGCUCAAGUUGGAGUCAUCAUCUUCUCCAGCACUGGCAAGCUCUCUGAAUUCUCCAGCACCAGUAUGAAAUCAGUGAUUCAACGCUAUAACAUAUCAAAAGAAGAGAACAAUCAGCUAUUGAAUUCCGAGUCAGAGGCCAAGCUCUGGCAAAGGGAAGCAUCAGUCCUCAAGCAACAAUUGGAGACCUUACAAGAAACUCAUCGCCAUGUGAUGGGAAAAGAACUCAGCAAUAUGGGUGUUGAAGACCUGAAUAACCUAGAGAACCAGUUAGAAAUGAGCCUACAAUCCAUUCGUUUGAAGAAGGAAGAACUUUUAAUGGGGGAGAUACAAGAUUUAACCAGAAAGGGGAGCUUGAUGCAUCAACAAAACAUUGAACUCUACAAGAAGAUAUAUGGCACAAGAGUGAAUGCAGAAAAUUGCGUAAUCGAAGAGAAUGACGACCGUGGUGGCCUUAUGAAUCUGCAACUAAGCCAGCUUUAGCAUCAAACUCAUGGAAUACCUCUAGCAUCGUGAGAAAAACAAGGGGACAGUCAAAUUUGUUCUGGAAAAUGUACUUAGAGUUCGUCAAGAAAGAAAUGUAGGGCUAUUUUGCAAUUUGGAAUAUUAUUAACCUUAUUAGUAGCACAUAGCCAUUGUGCCA